AUGGAAACAAAGAUGAUUUCAUUAAACUAUAAGAGUUCAACAGAAUUCAACAAGUUAAAUGAAACAGUACCAGAAUUGUUUCGGUUAUCAGCAAAGGUACAACUAGCAGAGACUAUAUCAUUCCUCAACCCAAUACCCGAGGAUAGUAUACAAGUCAUUAUAAACUCUUGUCUAGCUCUCCUACCCAAUCGUAGAUAUUUAAAUGUAGAAGCAAAUGAUGAACAUCUUUGUCAUAUUCUUGAUCAUAAUCCAACUUUAAUGUCAUCCUUGGUUAGUAUAAGAUCACAAGAAAGUGUAAUUGCAUUAUCACAUCUUUAUAAAUGUUCAAAUGGAGUGAUUGGAGAAAAAGCAAUUUUAAUAUUGAUUGCCUUUAUCAAAUACUUGACGUAUAGUGAUUUCACAGCACCAUCGGAUAUAGUACAUGCCACCAACUUUACAUUUUACUUGAUUAGACAAUUGGCAGCAUUGACACAUGUCGCCGACAGUGAUGACAAUCAACCAACGUCGGCUCGUGGAAUGAUCAUGCCUGCGUUUAUAGACUUUUUUUCACAUAUUGUACAAUCAAAUAAUGUACCCAUCCUCUAUGGUACCCUCAUGGCUCUAGGUGAACCAACUCAUUUCAACUAUCAACAAGAUGAAUUGUCUCGUGUCAUUGGUAUCAUUGAAAAUAUCCUCUCCAACAUUUCAACUCAAAUACCAAUCUCUUCACCCUCAACUCUUAAAAAAAGUGUCAAUAGUACAACUAAUAAUAAUAUUAAUAAUAGUAACAAACUUAAUCAGAAAAAGUGUUUAUUAUUAAUUUGUAAAUCAUUUGAACAAAUAACUCAUCUUUCAACAGAUCAAGUUGAAAGUGAAACUUAUAGAAGAUUAUAUAAUCUAGUUUUUCAUUAUACUACAACUAUAACUGAUAAUGAAACAUUUAUUUCAAUUAUUAAUGUAAUUGUAAGAUGUGGAAUAUCAGAUGCAUCAAUUGGUAAAGAAGUGAUGGAUUAUACAAUUAGAUUUGUACAAGAGACAAAAAAUCUAAAUAAUAGUGAAGUGUUGGUUAGUUUGAAUCGUCCACAUAGCGAGUUGUUGUAUACUACCAUUUUGACGAGUUUGGUCGAUUUGUGUGAUCGUUAUUCUGAAAAGUCGAUUAGAGUGAUUGAAGUGCUAAAGGAAUUUAUUCAACACUCUAGGAUCCCAAAAAACAACAACAACGUACGAUUGACCGUUUUCGAUAGUGUAUGUCGUAUACUUAAAAACGAACAUCGUCGUGAACAUGGUAUCGAGAUUUGCAAGACUGUCAUUUCUUCACUCAUCAACACGAUGCACAUUCAAUACAGCGAGUACAGUAUCAGUUUGAUGGCUACUACUGCCAAUAAUGUAGGACCUGAUGGACGCAACCGAUCACCAUCAGUCAUUUCUACUCAAGCUGCUGAACAACAGUUUGACGCACUCUCCAACAUUAUCACAUGUCUUGGUAGAAUUGCGUGUAUGCUCAACGAUCAACACGUCAUUGACAUGAUUCUACCAAACUUUAUGAGUCGUGUCACUUAUCCACCAACCUUUAUCGAGAAUCUAGUGCUGGAACAGCUGACAGAGAUUGCAUUGCUCGGUUACGCAUCCGUCACCAAAGACAUUGUCGUAUUGAUCACCAAACUCUUUAAAAAGAUUUGUCGUGAUCCUCAUCAAGGACUCAUCCGAAACAUCACCCCCAACGCUCUCCAACGUCUUGCCAAAGACCUCUCUAGUCAAGAACUUCGUCAAGAUCUUUGUAAACGUGUCCUAAAGUUGUUCCAACAACUUGGUAAAACGUUAAAACGUGAAGAGUUGAAUCAAAAGUUGGCAUCACCAGUUCUCAAAGGUAUGGGUUUCCUCUUACCAACUAUUGCAGAAUUAAUCAAGGUCCCUAUCGGUGGUAAUGUCUCAAACUCGGGCAAUAACUCGAAUAGUUCAAGUUUUACUGCUUUGUUAAAUAGUACAGAAGUAUCAAAUAUGAGACUGUUCCGUAGUAUUUGGUUUUAUUGUGUAUUGUUUAGAUUCUCUACACCUGGUACAUGGAGAAGUGAUUGGAGAGAGUGUGUACAAGUCAUUGCAUCACAUCUUUUACCUCUCAUCUCUACCAAGAGUCAUUUGCAUUUAGAGAUGGAACUGGAACUUGAUAGUAUUAUCAAACAAGGAUUUGACAAGGAAUACUUUGUAGAGUUACGUUCUCGUCUGCUAGAGGUACUGCCAAACCAUGCACAUGUCAUCAAGAAUCUUACAUUUGCUCAGGCUGCCUAUGUAUACUCUGUCUAUACACUAGAGACUAUGCGUUUCUCAAUGUCUCAUUCUUUCAAGGUUGUAUUUGCCUAUUUACAAGAUCAGUCAAUCGAAAGUAUUUAUGUCAAUGCUUGUAUUCGUGGUAUUGUUGACAAGGUAUUUAAUGACUUUGUCACUACCUAUCUCUGUGUGUCACCAGCUUCUUGUGAACGUGUUCUCUCUGACCAUGCCAGCUUUUUAUUGCUCAAAUUCUGUUACCCCUACCAACCAGUUAGAAAGGCAUCGGAUGAAUCCAUCUCUUCAUUGGUCGCUCGUUUCCCACAAAUCCUUUGGAAUCGUGAAUGUUUGGGAACUCUACUCGAUCUGAUUGAAGCUAUUGGACAAGCUGCCAAAGUCAAGCCAAUGGAUAUGAUUUCAAUCAAACUACCAUCCGUCGACUAUGUCAUCGAGUUGCCCGACGAGACACCUGCCCGUCACCGUCUCCUCCAAGAAGUGGUAGAGCUUGGUAAUGUAUGGCUCAAGAAUGGUGCUCAAGUCGCUCCCAUCGAAAUUCAAGAACAGUUGCAAGAGUACAUGCAACGAUUCAGCACCUUUUCACGUAACCAUAUUGGUUUCUCGUUGGCUGUAGAGAUUGGUUCCAUCAACAACACAUCGAUUGGCAACGGAUUAAACGGUGUCAAUGGAAUUAUUGGAACCUCUCCUCAACCAGCUCACAGCAACAUUGCAUCAGCUGCUGCAUCUGCCAUUGGUAGUAGAUUCACUGGCAAUUCCAACAACCAAGAUGUAUUGGCUAGUGCCUACCCAAUUUGUUACAAUAGUAAUGCUGCCAACUUUAUUAGUACACUUCAACUCAAAUCCCUCUAUUCUGGCGAGGUCAAUGGUAUGAUCAAUAUGAUGAUGGUCGACUAUAACGAAAACUCUGGCGAACAAGAAGACGAAAAGUUGAGCGAGAUUGUCGAGGAAUUGGCAUUUUUACGUUUGAUUGAAGAGUUUGAAAAGUUGAUUCAACAACACCGUCGUGGAAAGAUUGUCGAUUCUUUGGCAUUUAGUUCAAUCAUGUAUCGAUCAUGUGCAUUCCUUAUCAAUCAUUAUUUUGGUCAGAGUGUUAAAUUGAUUCACAUGGUCUGUUAUGCUCCAGCUUUUAUCUUUACACCCAACUCAAUGGAGGUUGGUGUAACUGCUUGGAAAUGGUUAUUGGCCGAACGUCCAGAUUUGACUCAAUUCAUUAUGACUUCCAUCUCUGAUAUUUGGUCUUGGACUGUCAAUCAACGUAUUGGUCUAUUUACAAAUACUGAACGUGAUCCAUCACCAUUUUCAAUUUCUCAACAACAACAACAACCAACACAAUCACAAUCACAAUCACAACCAUCUGCUACGCAAAAAGAUUCCAACGAACCAAAUAUAGAUGUAAUGAUGGGAGGAACACCAGUAGAACAAAAAAAGAAUGUUGGUAAUUUACCAGAAAGACAUAAUCAUGUACCACACAAGAUUAUGAUUAAUUUCUUGGAGGAACGUUUCUAUGUUGUAAAAUACUCUAGCAAGGAACAAGUUGAUGUUAUCAUUUCAAUGUUGCUAAAGGCAAUUGCCGAUCAGAAUAUGCUUAGUGUUUCACCACGUAGUCUUGGUACGAGAUUCAAACUUCUCUUGUUGUGUAUGCGAUUCAUCCAAGGUGACUAUAUCGGCGACCAAACACUUGUCAAAUUAAUGCGUGACCGUGUCUAUUUGGCUGCACUCAGUUGGUUCUACCUACCACCAAUCUGGUACGGACAAAACGAGUCGAGUGGUGACUUGCAAGCAGAUACUCACACGCUCAUUGAUUUCUGCAAGGCUCUCCAAACAGAACCAAUCUUUUCCUAUGCCAUUGAAAAACGUCAUACCAUCUCUUUUUCACGUGACAAGAAUACUGGUUCCUUGAUUAAUUCAUCACAAUCUAUCAAUGGUUAUUCUACCAUUCGUAAUAGUCGUCCAAGUUCAGAUCGUCUAAAUCUAUUGGCCAAUUCUUCAAAUGUUUCUGGAUCUGCCAUUCCAUCACUAACCAAUGCCGUACCAUCGUCACAAUCAAAUGGAUCAAAUCAUGUUGGUAGUGGAUUAAGUGGAGCUGUUGGUAUUGGACUUGCUCAACAACAACAUCAACAACAACAACAACAACUACAACAACAACAACUACAACAAUCAUCAAAUACUAUGAAUGGAUCAACUGCUGCACUUGCAAGUUCAGUUGGUAGUUCAACACCUGGUACAAUCAAGUUGGAUGUGAUUGGUAGUGGUAUUGGAACCAUGACAGUUUCAUCGGCACAAGGUAUUUUAGUGAGUCAAACACUUUUAGAGACUUGUAAGAGUGGAGAACGUCCAUUGAAUGAACUUCAACUUGAGGAACUUAGAAAACGUCGUAAUCUUAUCCUCCUCCUCGUCGGCAAUGAAUUGGAGAGAAUGUCUGCUUGGAAUAAUCCAAUCAACCGUUUAACACUCCAAAUUCAAGAACAACUCAAAUUCUCCUAUGACAAUUUACCCAAAAACAUGAAAUCUAGUUGGAGAGAAUACUUGGUAUCAUCGUGGCGUAUUGACCCUAGAUUGGCCGUUCAUUUUAGUGCUCGUUUCCAACUUGCCAAGAUUCGUCGUAUCUUGUCUGAAAUGGUUGUCAAGAAUACAAAGGCAGUCUUGAAUAUCCCGGAAGCACUGCCACUUCUCAUUACUGAGGAAAAUGUUGCUCGGAACAUACCUGAACUCAAGUACCUCUUGUAUUGGGAGACUGUCACCCCACCCAUGGCCAUUUCAUUGCUUGCCAAGAGCUUUAGAUCACAUCCAUUGGUGAUUCAGUACGCAUGUCGUGUGUUGCGUAACUUCCCACCCGAAACGAUUAUGUUUUACAUUCCACAGUUGGUGCAGGCACUGCGUUAUGACCGUACGGGUCUUGUUGAAAACUACUUGGUCGCUGCAAGCAAGACAUCCGAGUUGUUGGCACACCAGAUCAUUUGGAACGUGCAAACCUACACGGAAGCCGAUCCCAACACUGACAAGUUGAUUGAUGAUCCCGGCAUCCACGACAUUGCCAAGCGUCUAAAGAACCGCAUUAUUGGCGAAAUGGACGCCAAGGCACGAGACAACUACAAACGAGAGUUUGACUAUUUCGAGUCGUUUACUGCCAUCUCUGGACGUUUAUUGCGCGAGCAUAAAGACCCCAUCAAGAGAAAGACACAAUUACACGAAGAACUCCGUAUUCUCUCCAACAACCAAAGAGAAGAUCCAAACAACCCUCUCUACCUCCCAACCAAUCCAAAGAGUAUUGUCAUUGGUCUUGAUAUUGAUUCGGCCAUGACAUUGCAGUCUGCUGCCAAGGUACCUAUUCUCGUCAACUUUAAGGUGUUGGAACGUCGUCUUCCAAGCAGUCACCCAUCACAUCUCGAGGUAAAGUCACCAUCGCCAAGCAACUCGCCGUUGAUGGGUGCAACCAUCACAUCGUCCACCACGGCCAUUAUCCCCUCGAUUCUCAAAUCCACCUCACCCAAACUGUCCAACACCAACAUUAUGCAUCUCAGAGAAUCGACACGUAUUCGUAAACUGUCGAGACGUGUCAUUCACGACCCCACCCCACCAUCAAACGAAGUACACCUCCAAGGUUGUAUUUUCAAGAGUGGUGAUGAUAUCCGUCAAGACAUGUUGGCACUUCAAGUGAUUGAUCUCUUUAAGCGUAUCUUCCAAUCGGUCGGUCUUGACCUCUACCUCUUCCCAUACAAGGUCAUUGCUACCAAACCUGGUUGUGGUAUGAUCGAGCUCGUACCCAACACCAUGUCUCGUGAUCAAAUUGGUAAAAAGGUAAAUGGUUCACUCUAUGACUAUUUUAUCUCUCGUUAUGGUCAAAAGAAUAGUUUGGGUUUCCAAAAUGCACGUAGAAACUUUAUCAAAUCAAUGGCUGCCUACUCUGUCGUAUCCUACAUUCUCCAAAUCAAAGACAGACACAACGCAAACAUUUUGGUCGAUGAUGAGGGCCACAUUGUACACAUUGAUUUUGGUUUUAUCUUUGAUAUCUCGCCAGGUGGUGAUUUGCUCACCUUUGAGGCAUCGCCAUUCAAGAUGAAUCAGGAAAUGAUUGACAUUAUGGGUGGAAAACCAAAUGCAGAACAAUUCACAUGGUUCAUGGAACAAAGUGUCCGUGCCUUCCUUGCCGCCCGUCAACAUAUGGAUUCAAUCAUCACCCUUGUUGAGCUCAUGCUCGAUACAAAGCUCCCUUGCUUCAAGGAACAAACUAUCCUUCAUCUACGUCAACGUUUCUGUCCCAACAAGAGUGAAACCUAUGCUGCCAAAUUCAUGACCAAGGUCGUCGUCGAUUCAUUCUCUACCAUUUCAACAUUCUCUACUUACUUUUAUGAUGUUUUCCAAUAUUUUGAUAAUGGUAUUGAAAUGUAA